GCGUGCUGUCAUAUGCCACGCUAGCUUUAUUUCUCUCAAACUUUUAAAUUUAUAGCGAAGCAGCCCGCAAUUUCGAUAUUUCUUUCGUAUCUUCUCUUUGCCUUCUUCUUAUUCUUCUUUCUACUGGCUAUUGAUCUUUUCGCUGGUAGAAAUACUUCGAUUGUAAAAUUGUCUAAGCUAGAUUCUCUGCCGUUCGAUGAUCUGACUUUUUUUUUCUUUAUUCACUUGAUCAAGCAAAGACUAUUAGCACCACCUCCAUAUCCGACGAUGGGCCAUUGCUGUAGUAAAGACGUAUCCGCGGUCGAGAAUGAUGGAAUCACACCGGGUAACCAUUUUAAUUCGGCUUCAUCGCCAUCUCCAGCUGUACGACGGGCGGAGACACCGUCGUCCACUGAUUUUAACAACUUCGCGGCCAGUCCAUUUCAGAGCCCUCUUCCAGCUGGAGUGCCGCCGUCUCCUUCUCCUGCGGGUACUCCAGGGAGAAAGUUCAGGUGGCCGUUGCCCCCUCCUUCUCCAGCUAAGCCGAUCAUGGCGAUUAUGAGGCGGCGGGGGCAGACUAAGCCGCCCAAGGAGGUGCCAAUACCAGAGAACGCAGAGGGAGGGGAGGGCGAGAGGCAGCUGGAUAAGAGUUUCGGCUACGCGAAGAAUUUUCCAGUGAAGUUCGAGUUGGGGAAAGAGGUUGGGCGAGGGCAUUUUGGUCAUACUUGCUGGGCGAAAGGAAAGAGAGGAGAGCUCAAGGGACAGCCCGUCGCUGUCAAGAUCAUUUCCAAAGCUAAGAUGACUACAGCAAUAUCCAUUGAAGAUGUUCGUCGGGAGGUAAAAAUAAUGAAAGCUCUAUCUGGGCAUAAGCAUAUGAUCAAAUUUCAUGAUGCUUUUGAAGACGCCAAUAAUGUCUACAUAGUCAUGGAAUUGUGUGAAGGUGGAGAACUACUGGACAGAAUUUUAUCGAGAGGCGGAAGAUACACUGAGGAAGAUGCUAAAUCUAUUAUCAUGCAAAUUUUAAGUGCAGUUGCCUUUUGUCAUCUUCAAGGUGUCGUGCACCGGGAUCUUAAGCCAGAGAAUUUUCUUUUUACCACAAGAGAUGAGGAUGCUCCAAUGAAGAUCAUUGAUUUUGGUUUAUCGGAUUUUAUUAGGCCAGAUCAACGUCUCAAUGAUAUUGUUGGCAGUGCAUAUUAUGUUGCACCUGAAGUUCUCCAUAGAUCUUACAGUGUUGAAGCUGAUAUGUGGAGUAUUGGCGUCAUAACUUAUAUAUUGUUAUGUGGAAGUAGACCGUUCUGGGCUCGUACUGAAUCGGGAAUUUUCCGUUCUGUUUUGAGAGCUGAUCCUAAUUUUGAUGACUCACCUUGGCCUGUGGUAUCACCUGAAGCUAAGGAUUUUGUGAAAAGGCUUAUGAACAAGGACCACAGAAAGAGAAUGACUGCUGCCCAAGCUCUGACUCAUCCUUGGUUACGAGAUGAAAACCGACCUGUGCCUUUGGAUAUUUUGAUCUACAAGUUGGUUAAGUCCUACGUUCGUGCCACAUCAUUCAAGCGUGCAGCACUGAAGGCUCUUUCGAAAGCUGUUCCGGAAGAUGAGCUUUUCUAUCUCAAGGCACAGUUUAAUCUCUUGGAACCAAAAGAUGGAUUUAUUUCCCUUAAUAAUUUUAAAGUGGCAUUAAUGAGACAUGUUACUGAUGCCAUGAAGGAGUCGAGGGUUCUUGACAUUUUUAAUAUGAUGGAACCACUCUCCUAUAAAAAAAUUGGGUUUGAGGAAUUCUGUGCUGCUGCAAUAAGUACAUAUCAACUUGAGGUCCUUGAAAAUUGGGAAGACAUUGCGAGGACGGCGUUUGAUUACUUCGAAGAAGAAGGAAACCGGGUCAUUUCAGUACAGGAAUUGGCUCUGGAAAUGAAUUUGGGUCCCACGGCCCAUUCUAUAGUCAAUGAUUGGAUUAGAAGUUCUGAUGGAAAACUGAGUUUUCUUGGAUACACCAAAUUUUUACAUGGUGUGACAAUUCGUACUUCGAAUACGAGACCUCGAUAGCAUAGUCAGAGAUACAGAAUUGUUGACAGUAUUUUUUUUUUCAUUGUUAAUGUUUUGAUUUUUUGUCCUCCAAAAUCCGAUUAUCAGUGUAAAAUGGAAGGUCUAGACAGGACAUUGUUGAGUCUGAUAUUAUGACUUUUUAAUGUGAACAUUGGCAUGAUCCUCGAGCACAUGUGAAAGAUCACCGUAACCUUGUGUGUAAAGAUGAAUGCGUAUACUAUACAUGUUCAUAUCUUCAAUAGAAAAUAUAUGUUAGAUUCA